AUGACCCCCCAACCCCUCAUAACGCACCUAUAUACUGCAGACCCCUCAGCCCACGUCUUCAACAACAAGCUCUACAUCUACCCCUCACACGAUCGCGAGACAGACAUCGCUUUCAACGACAAUGGCGACCAAUACGAUAUGACAGACUACCACGUCUUCUCGAUGGAGACCAUCGACGGCCCCGUCACCGACCACGGUGUCGUCCUCGCUGCCAAAGAUGUUCCCUGGGUCUCGAAGCAGAUGUGGGCGCCUGAUGCAGCGACCAAGAACGGGAAGUACUAUUUGUACUUCCCGGCGCGGGAUCAAGAGGGUAUUUUUCGGAUUGGCGUUGCGGUUGCCAAUUCGCCGGAAGGUCCUUUUCUUCCGGAAAAGGAGUUCAUUGCUGGCAGCUACAGUAUCGAUCCAGCUUCGUUUGUUGAUGAGGAUGGGGAAGGUUAUCUUUAUUUUGGGGGGAUUUGGGGUGGGCAGUUACAAUGUUGGAAGAAGGAUGGGAAGGGCCUCGUUUUUGAUGCGUCAAAGACUGGACCGCAGGAACCUUCUGGUGAAGGUGUUUUGGCAUUGUGUCCUCGUGUUGCGCAGUUAAGUGAGGAUAUGCUCAGCUUCGUUGAACCUCCUCGUGAUUUGCAGAUCCUGGCGCCUGAGACGGGGGAGCCGCUGCUUGCGGAUGAUCAUGAGAGGAGGUUUUUGAGGCGGCGUGGAUGCAUCGGUACCGCGGGAAGUACUAUUUCUCUUACUCGACUGGUGACUCGCAUUUUCUUGUCUAUGCGACUGGGGAUUCGCCGUUCGGUCCGUUUACGUAUCAGGGUCGGAUUUUGGAGCCUGUGUUGGGCUGGACGACGCAUCAUUCGAUUGUUGAAUUCGCAGGGAAGUGGUAUCUGUUCUAUCAUGAUUGUGAAUUGUCGAAAGGUGUCGAUCAUCUUAGAUCUGUAA